AUGGAGGCGACCAAUUCGGUCCCUGUGUCUGCGUCUCCUCCUCCCCUGGAGCCCGAGGUGGAGGUCUCUCCCUUAGCCACGGAAGUCCUGUGCAUAGAGAACGGCCCCAGCGACCUCACCAUCCUCCAUUUUAACGAUGUUUACGACGUAGACCCGAGGGUCGAGGAGCCCGUCGGAGGGGCCGCCAGAUUUGCAACAACUGUGAAAAAGUUCAGUUUCCUGAAUCCACUUUUAAUUUUUAGUGGAGACUGCUUAAAUCCUUCAGUAUUAAGUACAAUAACAAAAGGAAAACACAUGAUUCCUAUUUUAAAUGAAUUGGGAGUACACUUUGCAGUCUUUGGAAACCAUGAAUUUGAUUUCGGUGUGGAUAUUUUGGAAGAAUAUAAAAGACAAAUGCAUUUCCCAUGGUUUCUCAGCAAUGUAUAUGACAAAUUUACUUCAGAACCUCUUGGACAUGGCACAGUUAAAAAAAUAGUUAAUUGGAACAAUAUAGCAAUUGGCUUAAUGGGACUAGUGGAAGAAGACUGGCUAGAUACAUUAGCCACAGUUAGCAAAUCAAAUCUAAACUAUAAAGAUUAUGUUGAAGUUGCUAAUCAAAUAUCUGUAGAACUUAAAGAAGAGGGAGCAGAUCUUAUCAUUGCAAUCACACACAUGAAAUGGACAAAUGAUACACGGCUUGCUCAGAAAGCUGAAGGAGUAGAUCUAAUUCUAGGGGGUCAUGACCAUGAAUAUGGAAUCAAGAAAGUUAAUGACACAUGGAUUGUGAAAAGUGGAUCUGAUUUUAGGAACUUGACAAAGAUAAAUAUAAGACGCUUUGGUGCAUCUUUUCAAUAUAAAUUUGAGAAAUUGGACAUUUUGAAUCAUUUAGAAGAAGAUCCACAUAUCAAAGCAAUAGUAAAAGAUUAUACCCAAAACCUACAGUAUAUGUUAAAAGAAGUUCUCUGUCCAAUUGACAUGGAAUUAGAUGGACGUGCAAUUACUGUAAGAAGAUCAGAAAGCAACCUGGGAAAUCUAGUAACUAAUGCAAUGUUGGAAGCUACUCGUGCUGAUGUAGCACUACUUAAUUCAGGUACUCUUCGUUCUGAUCGAAUACAUCCAGCUGGGGAUUUCACUUUGCAUGAUCUUUUGGCUAUUCUUCCCAUAGUGGACCCUGUUCUAGUUGUCAGAGUAACGGGUGCACAGUUGCUCGAAGCACUUGAAAAUGGGGUUUACAAAUAUCCAGAUCUUGAUGGGAGAUUUCCUCAGGUUGCAGGAAUGGAAUUUGGAUUUGAUCCAGAGGCAGAGCCAGGACACCGAAUAAUACGAGACACUGUAAAAAUUCAAGGACAAUACUUAAGGAAAAAACAAGUAUAUCUUCUUGCUAUUAAGGAGUACAUUGCAAAUGGGAAGGAUGGUUACAUAAUGCUUAAAAGUUGUCCUCGAAUGUUUGAUACAGAAACUGCACAGACACUUUCUACAGUGGUUCUGAAUCACUUUGAAUCAGUCAAAAUUGUGCAGGGUAGGAAGCAGUGCCUUUCAGGCCAUCGAAUGAGCUUAAUUACUAUGUCUAAAACAGCAUCAUUUACAGCCUUUGAAGAAAAAUCAGAUAGAAGAACAGCAGUAAUGGCAGUACCUGGUAUAGAAGGAAGGAUUUGCCAUAUUUCUCAGGAUAUGAAAGAACAUUUGCGGCAACUUAGAACUGCAAGAAAACAAGGAUUAAGAACGUAUCCCACAAUUAAUGACAAUACAUGUGAAAAUUCUGAUUCUGAUUGA